CUCUCUCCAACAACAUCAAAGUUCAUAAGCAAAAACCUUCAAACUCUUCCAUUUCUUGCACUUUUUCUUGGUUCUUUAAAGUUUGCACACUCUAUCGGACUCACUAAGAGAGGAAACCAAUCAAUGGAACCAGAGGAGAAUAGCACGUGCGAAUCUUGCAAAACUUUUGGGCAAAAGUGCAGUCAUGUCGUGAAGAAACAAAGAACCAAGUUUUAUAUUAUUCGCCGUUGUAUCGCUAUGUUAGUCUGCUGGCGCGACAACAACAGCGACCGCAACAACCGCGACCGCAACACCUCUUGAUUGCUCUAGACGAGUAGUUAUUAUGUUACUAUUUUAAUUCCAAGUCGCAUAGUGCAUGGUAAACUGUUUUUUUUUUGUUAUCUUGGGUUCUCAUCUUUAUAUUUUAAAAAUAAUAUUUAUGCAUAUCAAUGUAAUACGUAAUAUAUUAAUAUGUAAAGGGUUAAAUGAAAUCGUGUGUUUGUUUUGUUACUUUCAGUGUGUAGCUUUUGAAUACUGGUGUCACAUUAAAAUGAUUAAUAAAAAUUCUCUU